UGGAUGCGGGCUGGAAGUGCAAGCGGAUGAUAGACUUUAGGGAGAACUUUUGAGUUUGGGAAAUAAGUCUUUACAUAUUUUUUGAACAUGUUUAUGAUUACGUUUACUCGUCUGUGUGGUUACUAAAGGACAGACACACACGCAUCAAACUCCCUGUUUCGGACUGCAUCUGGCGAAACCCUGAUACUCUGAAGCAACGUUGAAACUUUUCAGGACUGGCUCAUUAUGGCCAUCCUUGAUCAGCUGUUGCUUUUUAAUGGCACCUUGGUGACUCCAAGUCACAAACUAUGACAUGAUAUGAAAUCAUCAAGGAGUAGCCCAGUUUUGAAGCAGCGUGAUGGAAUUAUAGAAGCACAUAUGAAGUCUGACAUUUUUAAGAUUCAUUCUUUGUGGAAAUGGCAAGCUGUGCCAUAUUGAUGGGGCGCACACUAGUUUUGAUAUGCAGUGUAUUCCUCCUAAUCAUCGGUCUGUGUGUUGGAUCCCCUAACCACAGCCGCCGGCUGGUCUGCUGGAAAGCCAUCCUGAAGUGCCAUGGAGAGCCAGAGUGCCAUUACGCUUACGAUCAGUACCUUUAUGCCUGCGCAUCUGUGCUCAGUGGGGAACGCAAGAAGUGUCCCAGUCACUGCAUAUCCUCUCUCAUUCAGCUCAAUCUAACCCAGAGCGGCCCGGCUCUGGAGGACUGCGACUGCGCCCUGGACCCGGUCUGCAGGAGCGCCAAACAAGCCAUCGAGCCGUGCCUUCCGCGGACCAGCACCAUGGGCUGCACCGAGGCCCGACAGCAGUGCGAAACGGACCUAUCGUGCAGCUCUGCCAUGGGGGAUUAUUUAUUUCACUGUCGAAAACUUUUCGGAGGGGAAAGGUGUUCGGAUGGGUGCCGCAAAGUCAUAGCCAAUAUGCGCACCAUACCAAAGGCGCAACAGCUAGACACUUGUGUGUGUGAUGGCACGGAGAGGAACAUAUGCGAGUACAUAAAAGUCAGCAUGAAAACUUUCUGCUCUGAUUCCAGCGACAGGUUCGCAGGAAGCGGCUUUUCAGAUUCCGAGGAGGAUUCUGACGACGAUUAUAUCGAUGAUUAUUAUCCAUCCUAUGUGGAAAACUCAAGCGACUCACCACAUUUUCAGUCUGUACUAAAUGUCGUGACCACCAUCUUGGUUUUAACCAAAUUUAUCUGAAAAGCUGCUGCCAUUAUGGCUUAGUGAAAUCACCUCACUAGCAUCUGUCUGCUUUGUUGUAAUCAGUCAUAUUUUAGUCCGUUAAAAUAACACUUUGGACCAGUAAGUUCUACCUAAACUUUGUGCUAUAGAUCUGCACAAACUGAUUGACUGUUUGAGGAUCAGAUCAAGGUUAUAACACAUGUAGCCUAUUAGUUAUAUUUCAUGUACACAUUCAAAAAUGUCUGACCAUGUUGAAGGAGCCUAUUUUUCUAUGUCAGCUAUAUAAAGCUAAAUUGUACAGUAUAUUGUAUGAAAUUAUUUUUGUCUAAAUAUUGGUUUAUUAUUGAUAAGAGAUUUGCACUGUAUGAAUAGAUGAGUCCCACUCUUUUACUACAUCAUGGCCACAGAGGAAGGAAAAAAACAGUCUAAAUGUCUUUAUAUUGUUGUUAUUCACCAUCAUGUUACUUGAUCAGAGGCAGGCUGUCAAAACUGCAUGUACAGAGUUUAUCCACAACUAAAACCAAAGUUGAUGUAAGUAAAUUUAUCUAAAUCCAAGGCCUGAUGAUGCAUCUGAGGAAAAUAGAAAGCUCUUAGCUCUUACACUUGACCUUGUAAACAUGGAUGUUUGCUUUAAGUAUAAAGUGUUAAUUCUCGAAAACUGUUCAAACACACAGAGGGAAAGGUAAACUUCUCCUCUCGGGGAUUUGCAGCACAAAUGGAGCGACGAAGUGUUUCGGUCAGUUUGUUUAUUCUCACCCCAUGUGUUUGUUAGAUGUCUUCACAAUGACAGACUGAGAAAUAAAAGAGGCCUGUGUUCGGUUGAGUGGAGAUUUUAAAGUGCCCAUUGUGAACACACUCCUCUGAAUUUACAUGCACAUU